UGUCUUUGGAUGCAACGGAUACAUUGCUACACUUAGCUUAGAUAAGGAGAUAAAACCUUACCCAGGCUUGUAUGAUUGCGGUAGUCUCAUUCAGUCAUGUGUCAAGGAAUAACGAGUGGUGCUAUGAGUAGGUAGUCUAAGGCAUCAAUUUCAAACAUGGUGUACGUUUGAGUGGCUGCAGGGGUUGACGUAUGAUGCUUCCCCGCUCAACCUCAAAUCUUGGCCUCUUUUGAGUUUAUGAUAAGCACAUCAACUCAAUAUGUUGUCGCCAUUAUAGUCAAUUUGAUACAUCAUUAUACUCUUGCCUUUAUUAAUCACAGAUUAUGGAUUCUUUGCGGUUGUCUCAAUAUGACACUCAGGCUUUGCGAGCCAACUUCACCUUGUAUGGGAAUCAUGAUGACGAACACUUCCUAAGAUGUUGGAAGCAUCAAACGUGCAAAGGUUGCCUUGCAGCUUCACAAUGUGGCUGGUGCCCUUUUACAUGGUCAUGUGUACCGAACACUAGUAAGAUCCCGCUGCUCGCACCAGCUUAUGAUGAGAAUGUCUGCCCACACUGGGCCGAACGGUGGGAGUUACGGACAAGGCCCCUCGGGUGCCAGGUUUCGUCAAUAACUAGUCUCACCGCUAUCGUCACCAUUAUAUCAACACUGGUCUUUGUUCUGCUUGUGGUCUAUCUUGUGAUAGCUACCCGAUGGUUCUGGCAGUAUCACAAGAAGCAUCCUGGUUGGUGGCGGUUACGGAAUCAACGCUGGGCGAGGAUGUGGUUACGAGCUGGAGAACUUGAGCCCCUACUACCAGGGAGCUGGCCGGAUAAUGGAGGUCCUUAGGAGAAGAUCUCAAGGAGCAGCCCACAACUACGAGAUUUUAAGGAGUC